GGGAGUCGGCGCCUGCGUACUAAGACCCGUGUGCAGCAGCAGCGGCGGCGGCGGUAGAGGCGGCGGCGGCGGCGGCGGCGGCGGCAGUGGGCUCGGAGGCAGCGGUUGGGCUCGCGGCGAGCGGACGGGGUCGAGUCAGUGCGUUCGCGCGAGUUGGAAUCGUAGCCUCUUAAAAUGGCAGAUGAUUUGGACUUCGAGACAGGAGAUGCAGGGGCCUCAGCCACCUUCCCGAUGCAGUGCUCAGCAUUACGUAAGAAUGGCUUCGUGGUGCUCAAAGGCCGGCCAUGUAAGAUUGUGGAGAUGUCAACUUCUAAGACUGGCAAGCAUGGCCAUGCCAAGGUCCAUCUGGUUGGUAUCGACAUCUUCACUGGGAAGAAAUACGAAGAUAUCUGCCCGUCAACUCAUAAUAUGGAUGUCCCCAACAUCAAAAGGAACGAUUUUCAGCUGAUUGGCAUCCAGGAUGGGUACCUAUCACUGCUCCAAGACAGCGGGGAGGUGCGAGAGGACCUCCGUCUGCCUGAGGGAGACCUUGGCAAGGAGAUUGAGCAGAAAUAUGACUGUGGAGAAGAGAUCCUGAUCACGGUGCUGUCCGCCAUGACAGAGGAGGCGGCUGUUGCAAUCAAGGCCAUGGCAAAAUAACUGGCUCCCAGGGUGGCUGUGAUGGCAGCAGUGAUCCUCCAGCCUGCAGAGGCCCCCUCCCCCAGCCUGGCCCAGCUCUGGCCUGGCCCUUGGCUGGACUCCUCCUACACGAUUUAUUUGACGUUUUAUUUUGGUUUCCCCUACCCCUUCAAUCUGUCGGGGAGCCCCUGCCCUUCACCCUGCUCCCUUGGCCAGGAGUGAGUGCACCAUGGCCUUGGUGAAGCUGCCCUCCUCUUCUCCCCUCGCACUACAACCCUGGUGGGGGAGACGGGGUGGGUGCUGCUUGUGGUUUAGUUUUUUUUUUUUUUUUUUAAUUCAAUUCAAUCUGGAAUCAGAAAGCUGUGGAUUCUGGCAAAUGGUCCUUGUCCCCUUCCCCAACUCUUACUUAAUCUGACCCCUUAUUUCCUCCAUAGCCCUCUAUCCCAAGCACCACCCCCACAGACUGGGGACCAGCCCCCUCCCCUGCCUAUGUCUCUCCCCAUCUGAAGAUGGGGAGGGAAGAGGAGGAGAGGGGAGGGGACAUGCCCCCUCCUCAGGCAUCUGGGAGGGCCCUGCUCCCAUGGGCUUCAUCCUUUCCUGCGGGCUCUCUCCCCGACACAUUUGUUAAAAUCAAACCUGAAUAAAACUACAAGUUUAAUAUGAA